AUGGUUAGAAGAUGCAUUAUUUGUGGGAACGUCGACGGUGUCGAAGGUAUUUCUGUGCACAGGUUUCCAACGAAUGAUCACUUUAGGCAUCUGUGGAUGUUGUUCGCCGAGAACAAUGGUGUGGAUGUUCAAAUGUUAAAUCCCACCUCCGCUCUGUGUUCAAGGCAUUUUGUCCCUGGUGUAGACUACAAAGUAGGCACUCCACGUCGUCGCCAUUUGCUUAACACAGCAGUGCCGUCUUUGAUAGUACAAAAUCAGCACCAGAUGAUUGCAGCGCCAGACGGCGAACAAGACAUGGACGUGGAAAUUGUUGAAGUACAAAUCGAUGAUGUCAUGACGGACGUAGACGAAGAACCGUUGGCACAAGUCUUAGAGGACAUUGAGGUUGUUGACAUGCUGCCAGCUGACGCUGCAGCAGUAUAUGAAUUCAUGGAUGUAUUCGACGUUUUACCAUCAGACGUCGACGGUGAAUUCAUACCGAUUCCCCUGGCUGCUCCCAGAGCACAUGUGCCCGUUAGAGACCGUCCGGCUGGCGUUCGACACCAACUUCCCGAACAGCACGACAUAGGACCAUUGGAUGCCGCCUGCGCUCACUGUUAUGGCCGUCAUUUCCGGUGUGAGAAGAUUGGAAAUACUCAUUUUUCAACGUGUUGCAAUAAUGGUCAAAUGGCUAUUACGGGUGACCGCGUGUUGGGUCAACCUCCAGAGUUAUUAAUUCGUUUGUUAAUAGAUGAUUCACAGGUAGCCAGACACUUUAGAAAAGAAAUCAGACGAUACAACAACACUUUGGCGUUUGCUGCGUUUUCCACUGACCUCAACCCAAGACGUUUGCCAGGUCGGGGACCAAAAGUGUUUACUGUUCACGGGCAGGUGUAUCGUAGGAUUUCUAACGAUGUCGUCAGAAAUGAAAUGAUGCAACCGAGUUACUGUGAGUUGUAUUUCAUUGAAUCCGGGGAGGCCAAUCGGAUUCGAAUGGCACAACAGCCACGCCAACAUCCAUUAUUGGAGAACUUGAUUACAGAGUUAGACAGUCUGUUACGGCAAAUCAAUCCGUUUGCAGUGGCUUUUCAGACCAUGCGACAGGUAUGGCAGAGGGAACAAGAAGCUGCUGCUGCUGAUCCCACGGUGCGACCGAGAAGAGUGACAAUGCACAUCAUCGCCGACCCAAAUAAUGACCCUCGGCGAUACAAUCCACCAACUGGUAAUGCGAAUGAAGUAGCAGUCGUAUUCGUUGGUGAUGACGGGCUGCCACCGAGGAACCUCGAUCUGGUCAUCUAUGACACGAUUCCGGUGGACGCACAACACCGGAUGCAAAGCAUAUCAGUGGGCUCGCCUCAUGCGGAUCCCAUGCUGUAUCCACUGUUCUUUCCAUACGGAGAAUCCGGUUGGCAGUACAACCUGCGACAAGAGGGU